AACCACACCGCAGCGCGCUUCAUCAAUGCAUUGUGCCCAGAAGCAGGGAGAAGACAAAAGUUUAGUUUGGACUCCUUUUUAGGCAUUUUUGCGCGAUUUGGUUCCGUGUUUACGCCAGUUUUGCGUUGCACUAAUUCAGUUCAAAGCUACGAGUUCGUGCGUAAAAGUCGUGCGUAAUUGGAAAGCUUGGAAACUGGACAUCGCCGUUUUUGAAAUUCACCACCGCGGGUUAAAGAGCCAACUGGGAUUUAAACUUUUAGCCCUCUUAGCAUCAAGUGGCUAUUAGCAACUUGUUAGCUUUACUAAUUAUUGGUAAAUAAUGGCGGCUUUGUGCCAAACACGACGCGCGUUGGUGGAAAUCCCUGCUCCACAACCUAAAAUCGAGGGUCGAAUUAGGAGGUCUUAUUUGGAAAUACUCGGAUCUCGUUUAUCUCCAACACCAAGAGGCAGAAGCCCAACUGUCCCCAGGCGAUUGCAAUCAUUAGAUCUGUGGAGUGGGAGGAUCCAGGCUCAGUGUGACAAAAUGGAGGAGCAGCACACACCUCUGUCAAAGCAGCAGCUCGUACAGCUCAUCAGAUCGCUCAUUUUAGUCGAACAGAGUCAAGAGCCCAGAGUUUUAGCGUCCGACCUGAAGUUUCUCCAGGAGGACCUCCAUCUGAAGAAGGCCAACGUUUACAGAUCCAUCCCGUACUCCAGACUGGGCUCCAACAGAGACGCACACUGCUUCAGGAAGGCCUACCCACACCUCGUCGCAUUCAAAGUUUCUUGUCAGGAGUGGGGCCAGGUUUUGUUACGGAACCAGGAGUGGGACGUUGUUUUGGAGCACACGUUGUUGGCGUGGAGAUUCACCAGCGAGUUGCCCCAGUGGGACACGGCGAGUCACAACGCUCUGAGAGAACAGUGCUUCAGUCUGUUGGCGUCACAGAGUCAGGCCGCUCUACAACACUACACUCCACCGACCAGCAGGGGGCGCGAGCUGCUCCGGAGAUUCAAAAUGGCGCAGCAGCACUCGCACGCCAUCAUGCCCUGCAUUGAGACGCUGCAAAGGAUUCUGGGAGAGGCCAUGGACACGAAAUGAACGAAUAAAUAAAUAAAUAAAUGAAUGACUUUAUAUAAGCUUUAACCAAUCGAAUAGCUCAACCUCGGCGGUGCGUGUGCGCUUGUAAAUGGAAUUAUUACGAUGUCGUGUGGGGCCGAAAUGUUUUCAGUGAGCCGUAGUGACAGUAUUGAGCCAAAAGGGGGCGCUGGAACGCAAUAAGAGUCACAACAUUGGUCUUUUAAAGAGCCUAUAUUACGCUUUUCUACACUUUUAAUUCAUGUUGUAAUGUCGUUUUCUCAACAAAAACAGACCUGGAGUUGUGUUUUGUUUCAUUCUCACAUGUUUAACUCACAAAUCUGGAUAUUUAGACCGAAACAAAACGCAACUCCAGGUCUGUUUGUGACGAGAAAACAACAUUGUAACAUGAUUUAAAGCUCACAAGAGUCAAAUUUGUGUAAUAUAGGACCUGCUCUCUACAGAAAACCUAAGCUUGUAUUGUAGUUUUAGUGUUUUUGUACGUGUUGCUCUUUAGAUUUGAAAGAAAAUCUCCUGUGGAUUGUAAAUAUUUUUGCCAAUACUUGAAUUCUUGCCUUUUUUGGUGUCGUUUUUGUUUUGUUUUUGUCUUGUUUACGUUGCUGUUGUUGCUGUUGUCCAUGUCUGACCCUGAACACUUGAAGAGUUUUGAUAAAAUAGAUUAAUUUAAAUAAAACCGUUUGCAAUUUG